GGUCCUCCAUUUUCUUUCCGUUCUCAUCCUUCUCACUCCACCAUCUUCUUCUCUCUCUAAAACCUCACAGUGUCCACAACAAUCCAGGACCACCUCUCUCAAAUCCAAAUCCAACCCAUUUCUCACCAUGACAGACCGAGUCUACCCAUCUUCCAAACCCACCACCAACGGCGGCGCCGCCGCCGCAACAACCACGGGUACCGCAGCCAACCCACCAAGCACCAAACCCCAACUCAGACAACCCUACCGCCCGCAACCCCAGUACCAACACCACCGCCACCGCCGGAGCAACCGCAAUUUAUGCUGUUGCUGCUGCUUCUGGUCAUUCCUUAUCCUCAUAGCCCUCGCACUCCUCGCCGCAAUAGCCGGCGCCGCGGUCUACAUCCUCUACCGCCCCCACCGCCCCGAGUUCACCCUCACCUCCGUCCGCAUUGCGAAGCUCAACCUCACCACCACCCCCGACUUUUCCACCUCGCACCUCGCCACGCUCUUCAACCUCACCCUCUCCUCCAAAAACCCUAACAACCACCUCACCUUCUCCUACCAGCCGUUCAAUCUGUUCCUCUCCACUACCAGAGACGUCCAAAUCGCAAACGGGUCGAUCCCGGCGUUCACCAGCGGCACGAAGAACAGCACCUUCUUCCGCUCCGUCCUGUCGACGUCGCAGGAUCUCGACGUCGAGUCGGUGAAGUCGCUGAGAUCGGAUCUGAAGAAGCAGAGAGGGGUGGCGCUGAAGCUGGAGAUGGACACCAAAGUGAAGGUGUCGAUGGGGAAGCUGAGUAGCAAGAAGGUGGGGAUUAGGGUUACGUGUCAAGGAAUCAAAGGGGUUGUACCAAAAGGUAAGUCACCGUCGGUGGCUGCCGUUUCCAACUCCAAGUGCAAGGUUGAUCUUCGGAUCAGGAUCUGGAAAUGGACCUUUUAAUUAAAUUUCCUUUCAUUAUUUUAAUUGCGUAUUUUUUUACUUUAAUCAUUGGUUUUUCGAGCGGGGAUUUAUAAACUUUUGAGAAGGAGGAUAAUGAUCAAAAAAAUGGUGAUCACAAGAAAAAUUAAGUAGGAUUUAAGUGCAAAUUUGGGGGUUUAAAUUUGAAUCCAUCUCUUUUUUUAUAUAUAUAUAUAUGUACUUUGGUGAUUGUAAGUGAUGAAUUUGUUUUUUUUUUAUGGCAAUUAAUUCUCAUAUUACUUUCUA